AUGGUAUUUGUUCUUUUCCCUCUAAUCCUGGAUCCACGCUCUGGGAGAGUGACUCCAUCCCUCCUCUCUCUCUCUCUCAACUCCUUCUUUUCUCAGGAGCCGGAAAAGCCGCAGAGCCAGAUCCGGACAAACACACUGACGGGAUUUAGGAGAAGGCCGGAAGGCGUAUUAAUAAGGAGGCUGUAUAGAGGAGAGGCUGGAGGCAGGGAGGUGAGACUGUGGGGCUUGUUCUGGUGUGUUGACCCCUGUGUUGUCCUGUGUGGCUAAUCAAAGCAUCAGUGCACUCUCUUUGUGUCCCUGCAGGAAUGUGAUCAUGAGAGGUGGAAAUAAGCUGCUUUGACUGUGAAAGGGAUCACUAGGACAGUAACAGCAGUGAAAAACUCUGUUUCAUCCCACAUCCUGGUUUUAAGUUUUCCUGCAAAUGUUGUUAAAAAUGUGAGCCUCAUUUGAAACCAUCAGGGAUCUUUCUGACAUAUUUUUUGUAUUUGGUGUCCC